UGACGUGCGCCGGAAAAAGAGAGCACGUAAACGCACCACGUAAAGCAAAACAGAUGCGACCACAAACCAGCGACAGAGAGAGGACGAAGAAGCUCCCUGCCCGGCGGAGAGGAGUCUGUUUCCCCGAGAAGACUGAAAGAAAGAGAGGAAGGCUCCAAUAACACCGACAUACUAGACGGCCUAGUUAGUGACCAUCACAGUGAACGCAGCGAUCCGCUCCAUCCAGUGUAAACAGGAAAUAUAAGGUGGCAGACAUCACUAUGGCCCAGGAGACCAAUCAGAGCCCGGUUCCUAUGCUCUGUCCUACAGGCUGUGGUUUCUAUGGCAACCCUAGGACUAAUGGCAUGUGCUCUGUGUGCCACAAGGAGCACCUGUCAAGACAGAACAAUGGAGGAGUCAGUACUUUGAGUCCUGUUGGCAGCAACAGCGGCUCCACAGCUGAAGCAUCUGCAAUCCAGAGGUUGGAGGCCACUUUGAAUAACGCUGCAGCUGCUGCAGCUGCUGCUGCAGAGGUGGCAGCUGAGGCCGCCGCAUCAGCUGAGGCUGCAGCCGCUGAGGCUCUCAGCGGGGUUUCAACAGCCAUGUCUGUAACGCAACAGAUGACUGAGAUGAGUCUUUCCUGUGAGGAGAAAGGAGCAUCAGGAAGCAAAGUAGAGUUCACUGAGCCAGUACUGAAUCAGCCCACAUCCUCAGCCUCCCAUCCCUCCACUGCUGGCAGUGAGGAUUCCAAAGCCCAGGAGCCCCCCAAACCCAAGAAGAACCGCUGCUUUUUGUGCCGCAAAAAGCUUGGCCUUACAGGUUUCGACUGCCGCUGUGGGAAUCUGUUCUGUGGGAUCCACCGUUACUCCGACAAACACAACUGUCCCUACGACUACAAAGCUGAAGCUGCUGACAAGAUCCGCAAAGAGAACCCCGUGGUUGUUGCUGACAAGAUCCAGAGAAUAUGAAGAGGACUCUCAGUUUGACUUUGAACACUGCGAAGAAUCGACUUUAGAAAAUGGAUUUUGAGCCCGAUCUUCUUCCUAAAGGAUAUUUUCUUUCUCCCUUUGAUCAUUUCAGGACUUUUUCUCCCGGUGCAUGAGAGUUCAGUUUCGUAUUUUCAGCUUUUAUUCUUGUUUGCGUGCGAUUUUAAAACUUUGGAGAGUUGUAUUGAACAAACGAAAUGUGUAUGUUGAGGAUUGGAGAAGUGACUGAGAGAGAUUUUGAAGAAAAAAAAUGUGUCCUUUAAGAUGAAAUGCUGUUCGGGUCUAUUUUGUGAUCCUCUGCCUGGAGGGAGCUCGGACAUUCGGGCUGUUUGGACUCUGACUGUUACUGCUGUUGGCUGAUUGUGCCGUGUCAGCCGUGCUUGCUCUCUGCUGGCUUGAGUAGCAAAAAAAAAAAGUACUUUUUGUCCGUGUUCUGUUUGUGGCCACAGUCUAACUCUCCGUGCUUGUCAGACUUUACGUCCUGGUAAGUUUUAUCAACCUGAAAAGCUUCUCUGUGCCGCUGGGAUCUCGUUCACGCUGGUUCCCUUUUCAGACAGAAGACUCUAAAGAAAAGACUUUGUUGCUAGCUCUUUUCUUGCUAGCUCAUAUCCCUUCCCCCUGCUGUGUGUGCGACACCUGAAUCACAACCCACUUCACAGUUUUCUGGUUUUCCCCGCCUGUUGAUCCCGGGCUGAAUGCUGUGACUCACCCUGUGCCCUGGAUCUGGACUGCAGGCACGUGUACUUCCUGCUCUGUCGGUCUGCAAACUCAUCCACUGAAGUCACUUGACGGUGCACGUCACCUGACGUUUAUUUUCCGUUAACAUUUGUUUCAUGUUGUUGCUUUGUUUUCCAGAGAAGUGAGUGUGUGCUCUGUGUUGUUGUCUGACAGGUAGCUGAAACUUGUAUUGAUUUUGCCUUUUGAAGGGUUUAGCUCCACUAAUAUUUUCAUCUUUUACUUCACUGUUGAAUGUUUUCCUACAUUUUUAAUGUGAGCUGACAAACCCUCAGAGCGUUGGGAGUGUUGGAAUGUUUGAUCAGAGUGUGUGAGGGCUGUCGUUUGAGUUACUGUAUGAGUCUAAAUGGUCGUGUUGCUGCGGUGACUUAGUGAGACGUGCUCGUAGGUUAUUAAUAAUUUUCUGUCCGGCUGCUUAAUCAGUUUUUGUUUUUUACCCUUUAGUUAUGCAAGUUUGUACAAACAUCUUUAUUUAUAUACUGCAGUGCGCAUAAUCCUCCAAUAAAACAGAAAUAAUUGUAUGAUGUAAAUAAAUUAUGUUCACAAAUA